AUGGCGAACGGAUGGAGUCUUCUCGUUGGUCUCAUUGUCAUUGUGGCUCUCUCACUAGCUGCGUGGUUCUUUAGCCCCAAGGGCGAAACCCAAACUGUCUGGCGCAGCACGCUUAUUCUCUCGUUCGUCUCAUGUUAUUUGAUGUGGGCAAUUGUCUUUAUGGCCCAGUUACAUCCCCUCAUUGCACCCAAGAGAACCGACAUCCGACCCGGUCACUCAUCAGAGUAG